UAAGAAGAAUUAAGAGAGUAAACUCGCAAGAUCGCGAUAAAGACUUUACAGCGCUUCAACAGAGCUAAAGUCGGCAGAACCGUUACGAUAAGCAGCCUGUUAAUAACCGUGACUGAAAGAAAUGUCUGAUCGGGCGGCAUAUUUGUCGUGAUUCUGGUUUGAUGACUGGAUUUUAGUGCGCUUGAGAGUAUAUCUCAAUUAAGAAGCUGUUUUUUUUUUUUUGAAGUGUACUGGCAAAAAGUGGCCUUAUCUAAAUUCAACCCACCGGAAUAGAGACAUUCAUUUCAACAUGCCGGUGCUUGAUAUUGGCCUUGGAUCGGUAACUUCAUUGGUCCGUAAUUAUCAAAGUUUGGACUCAAAUUGUACAUUAUAGAGGCAGAUGUAUGUAUGGAGUUUCAUAAAAAAAAGCGCUAGGUGCCGUUAUAUAUACAGUUUAUAGCGAUUUUAUAACUAACCAUUAGAUAUGUGACGAGACCUUUACCAUUUCUCGCAUAAAAAAUGGCGAAAGAACGAAACUCUCUUAAGAAAACUGUUGUGAAGAUCCUAUCUGAUCGUAUAUGAGUAUACUAAACUCAAUAAUGUAUCUACACAUUUGCUAUUUCUCUAGUUGGGUGAUACUAUUCUCGCAUCCCUCGGACUUUACACCCGUCUGCACCACAGAACUGGCGCGUAUGGCCGUGCGACUGCCGGAGUUUACGAAGCGCAAUGCCAAAUGCUUGGCACAUUCAGUCGAUGAUAUAGAAACACAUAAUAAGUGGGUGAAAGAUAUCCAAUCAUAUUGCAAAGACAUACCCGAAGAGUUCCCCUACCCUGUAAUAGCCGAUCCACGCCGUGAUUUGGCUGUACUUUUUGGCAUGUUGGACGAGGAUCAGAAACGCGAUCCCGUCAUUGCACAAACCAUACGCGCACUAUACAUCAUCAGUCCCGACCAUAAAGUGCGUCUGUCGAUGUUCUACCCCAUUGCUACGGGUCGUAAUGUUGAUGAGAUUCUGCGCAGCCUUGAUUCAUUGCAAUUAACUUACAAGUUAAAGGUUGUGGUCACGCCCGUCGAUUGGACUCCUGGCAAUAAGGUCAUGAUUCAACCGGAGGUCACCGACGAUGAGGCAAACAAAUUGUUCCCAAAAGGCUUUGAAAAAGUGCCAUUGCCUUCCGGGCUGGACUAUGUUCGCACAACUGAGGAUUACUAAUCCAUUUUCAAUGCAAAAAGUAUACAUAUAUAGAAAUUAAAAAUUUUUCUCAAUACGAGUUAAGUUGAUGCCCAUUGAAGAAUAGCACUGUGCUGAUCAUUUUAAAAAUGAUUUUGUGCUUAAUUUUAUAAUUGUUUCCAUUGAAUGUAAGAAAAAAUAAUAGAUUUUAAGUACAAUUCAUUUACAACAAUAUAUUUUUAAUUAAUUGCAAAAUAAUUUUAUAAUAUUCGGGA